AUGCUGGAGGCUUCGAUUCCGAACCACGCUUCCGAGGCCUCCAGGAAAGUGUCGCCCGUGGAGCGCCCCUUAGAGCGCCCAGCAGCGCCAAUGAACCCCACGGAUGCGGGAUCCAAGGCCCUUCUUGUUUUGUAUCGAGUGUUGAGGGGCGACCUUCCUUUCAGUGCUUGUGGCACGUUGGCGGACUUUGAUCAGUUUGUCUUGUCACAAGAUAGUUGGGCGAAGGUCACGCGCGACGAUAAGCCAACUCGAUUGGGUUCUAUGUCUGAAGACAGUUGCGUUGCGAUGUGCGAUGAAAGGUCAAUGGACGUUUGUGCAGGUGUGUCGUGGGACUCCGAAACGCAGAGCUGCUUCGUGUUUACAACGGUUCCGAUACAUCGACUUCUUCAACAGCCGGAACGUGACGCCGCAGGUCUUCGCAAUCCGCACAAGUUACGCAUCAAGACGAUGCCGUCGUCAACUAAGUUUUCCGACAACGAGUUGUGCCGAUUGUAG